GGUGGGCAGCAUCGGCUGUGGGAAGACCAUGACAGCGGACACCCUGCUGGGUCAGAGUUCUGCUCCGGGCCCCUCGGCCUCGUCCCGUGUGAGUCAGAUACGACGAGGACUGUCGGCGGGCUGGCGGCUGAGCAUCGUGGAAACCCCUCGCUGGUACUGGCGGGGCAAGGAGGUGGAGGCUGACAUCCAGGAGGAGACCCGGCGGUUCCUCAGCUCCAGCGUUCCCGGGCCCUGCGUCUUCCUCAUCCUCAUUCCCAUCGGGGAGUUCACGGAGAUGGAGCGGCGCAUCCCGGAUCAGCUGGAGCACAUGUUUGGGCCGUCGGUGCUGGGUCACACGCUGGUGCUGCUCACCUGUGGAGAAUACCUGAUGGGCCGCGGUCUGGAGGAGUACCUCGGGAAGGAGGCGGGGCUGCAGGAGGUGGUGAGGAGGUGUCACGGCCGCUGCCACGUGAUCAGUAACCGCAGACCUGACGACAGACAGCAGGUCCUCGCUCUGCUGGAUAAGGUGGAGCAGAUGCUCCAGAGGAACGGAGGAUUUCACCUGGAAACACACGGGAGACACGUCACAGAGCAGGAGAAAACAGAGAUGAAGCUCAGUGCAACCAGAGGCACGGUGUGGAACGGAGGAAAACAAACACAAAUCAAUACGUUUGGAGAAACAGGAAGUGAUGUAAUGACUGAGAGACGCCUGAUCAACGGGCUUCAGUCGCAGCAGCGCGAGUGUGAGGAAACACACUCCCGACACACACCGCUGGAGAGAAGCCCGAGCUUCACACUCAACAAAGAGGGAGCUAUUCUCAGUCAGAUGAUGGAGGUGCCAGAGGUCCAGAACAGCCAGAGCUUCAGCAACAUCAUCCAUCACAGUUUCAACGAGGCUUGGGAUGGCAGUGAAACUCUCUCUGGUGUAUCAUCCUAUUCCUGCUCUGAUCGUCUGGACGACUCUUCUCUGCCUGAGCUGAGGCUGGUUCUGCUGGGUCGGCGUGGUUCUGGGAAGAGUGCGGCUGGGAACAUUAUUCUGGGUCGUGAGGAGUUUCUGACGGAGGACUCUCAGCGGUGUGUGAAGGCCCGAGCGCUCGCGGAGGACACGCGGGUGUCAGUGGUGGAUACGCCGGACUGGUUUCAGUCGGAGAGAUCUCCUGAGGAGGUGAAAGCUCAGAUCUCCUCAUGUGUAGCCCUGUUGGCCCCGGGCCCUCAUGCGUUCCUGCUCUGCGUCCCCGUUGACCGUCCCGCUCGUUCCGAGCUGUCAGCCCUGAGCGCGCUGGAGGGUGCAUUCGGACCGGACGCUGUCCGCCGGCACACGAUCGUCCUCUUCACGCGCUCGGAGCUGCUGCCGGACGCAGCGGAGGUGGAGCAGGUGGAGGCGUACAUCACCUCCCGGCGGCCGGAGAUGCUGGAGCUGGUGCAGAGAUGCGGCGAUCGCUAUCACGUCCUGCAGAGCGGCGGAGCGAAGGAGCUGCUGGAGAAGGUGCAGCAGACGGUGAGGGAGAGCGGAGGAGACUUCUACAGUGCCUCGCUCUUCCAGCAGAACCAGAUCCCGAGAGACAGAGACCGCUCUCUGCACGCUCUGAAGGAGGAAGAGGAGGAAGCUCCGGCUUCGGCUCCGGCUCCGCUCCGCUCCGUGUGGCAGACGACGAGCCGCUGCGCCGGACGCGUGCCGAAGCUGCUGGCCGCCGGGGCUCUGACGGGAGUGGCGCUCGGUGUGUUCCUCGCAGGAGCUGUAGGAGGCGCUGUCGGAGCCGUGCUGGGCUCUGUGCUCACCGAGGUCGGGAGACGGAGACUCAACAAACAGAAAACAGAGUAAGAGACACUGUGAACUGGAAAAUAAUUCCCUCGGUUGUUGUUUCUUGUAUCAUGUCAGUCUGUGCAAACUCAAUAUUACAUGUGACCCUGGAGCACAAAACUAGUCAUAAGGGU